AUGAUAAUCUACUUCUUAAUAACUUAUUUAGGGAUAUCAAACUUAAUACAAACAAAUUUGGAAUAUAAUUGUGAAUAAGACAUAACAUUAAAGUUAUAAGAAAACUAUAUUCCAAUUAUCUUAGAUAAAAAAGCUCCAUAAGAAUUUACUUUGAGAGAUUAACCUGAAUUUUUAAAAAUUUCAGGUACUUUUGAAAUAGAUAGUUAAAAUGUUGUGUAUUCAUCCAUCUAUGAUGAAACGCUUGUUUAAAUUCUAUAUUAUAAUAAUUUAUAUUACUUAAAGAAAUUCAUUAUGGUAUUUAAUUUAGUCCAAGGAUAAAUAAUGAAUUACACAUUAUAAAUUAUUUAUUAAGCUGAAAUUGAGAUAAAAUAAUGUGAAAAAAUUUUAUCAGUUGAACUAGCAACAUAAAAAUUAUUUAUGCUUUGUUAAAAAGAUGAUUAAUAUUUUAUUAGUAUAUACGAUUUAAGAAAUAAUGACUAAGUCUUAAUUCCUAUAAAUUCUUUUACAAAAUAAUAAUAAUUAAGCAUUACUUAAAUUAUAUAUAUAGAAAAUUAAUAAUAUUUUCUCAUAGGAUUUUAUAAUUGUGAAGAUUGGAUAAUAUUUUUUUGCGAUUAUAGAGCUAUCCAAAUUUUAGCAAGAUAAAAUUAAUUUUAAGAUUAAAUUUUGAGACAUAUUUAAUAUGAUUAAGAUGUCAUAUUAUAAUUUGACCAUUUCAUCUUUAACUUGGAUUAAAAUAUAACUAUUUAUGAAAACAAGGAAAAGAAAAUACUAAAUUUUUUAUUUUAAAAUAAUGAAUUAGUGAUAAUUCUUGAUAAAACUGAUGAAUAUUUAGUAGAUUAAUUUUAAACUCAUUACAUUCUGUAUAGAAAUGACUCACCUUAAAUUAUAAUUAAAGAAAAACCUUUUAUUAUUAUGUAAUUUGAUACAUACAUAGAAUAUAUAAAUAAAUUUUCAAAAAGUUUUUUAUUAUUCUUAAAAGUGCAGAAGCUGUUUUUUUUAGAUUCUUAUAAACCCUUUUUAAUAUCAAUUAAUUAAUUUAAUGAAUUAACUCUUAUUUAAUUAAAUUAACAUUCUUAAUAGUUAAUAUGUAAUGAGUAUAAAUAUUAAAAUAAGAUUAAUUUGGCAUCAAUUAUCUUUAAGGAUAAUUUAAUAUUAGAGAAUAUCAAAAUUUAUCACAACCGAACUUAUGAAAUAAGUAACUUUUUAUAUGAUGAAAAAAUUAAAUUAUACAAAAAUUCAUUCUAAUAUUCCUUUUUUAAGCUCGAAAUUUAUAACCAAAGGUUGGCUCCAGAAAUAAUUUUAUUAUAAAAUAAUACAAUCUAAUGUAAAAUCGAGUCAUUUUUUAUUAUAAAUGGUUCUUGCAAAGUACUUAAAAAUUUAUUUUGGAUUAAAGAAUCAAUAACUUUUAAUUAAUUGUAUAUUUUAUUUUAAUAAAAUAAUUAUGAACUUUGGAUUAUGAAUUGUCGAACUAAACAAAAUUUCAAAGUUGGAAAGUUUGAAAGAUUGGAUGAAAAUAAAAUUUAAAUAUUCAAAUUUGACAUUUUUAUACCUUACCAAGAAGGAACAAAAAUAUUAUUUAUUAAAAUAAAACAGGCUUCAUUUGAUUCCAAAAUUAUUCUAAUUAAAGAUAUAGUCUUAAAAAUUUUUAAGAGUAAACUUAACUAUUUAAUUGUGACAAAAUCUUGCUUAAUUUAUUGCCUCAUUACAAGCUCUAGGAUAUUAUUUGUUGAGAUUUAUUAAGAUUUAACAUUACAUUAUGAAAAUAAAUGUCAAAAUUAUAAUGUUCUUCACAACUUAGUUACUUCUCUUUUUUUUAAUAAAACAAUAAAAUUUAUAAGUUAAAGAUUUACAUUUGAAUAUGAUUUUGAUAACGAAAUAAUCUCUAUUCAUUAUAUAAAAUUAUCCUAGAAUAAUUACAUUGUAAUUGAAAAAACAAAAGAUCAAGAAAUCAAAUUAAAGAAAUAUAUUAUAGACCAUUAUUAAAAAAUUUUACUUUUCCUACUACCAAAAUAUGGAUUUGAGUAUUAAAUACCUAUUCAAUAUGAUGAAAAUGGGUAUUUUCUAGGAAUAGCUGCAACAAAAAAUAAUACUAAAGUAAUUUUAAUUUAUUAUUUAUUUAAUGAUUAUCAUGAUAUUUUAAUUGAUGUUAUUUAGGUUGAAAAUUUUAUUUUUCAAUUUAUCUCUGAUUAUUAAUUAGCUUUUUAAGUUAAUACAAAAUGGAGCAUUUAUUAAUUGGCAAAAUUUACCAUGAAUUGUCAAAUUGAAACAUUUACUGAAGAAUAAAAGAUUGAAUAGUAUUAAUUAAUAUUUUAGUCAAAAUUGGAUGAGAAGAUUAAAAAUAAAAUUACAAUUAACUUUUAAUUUAUAAAUCUAACUGGAUAUUUGAUUCCUAACAAAUAAUCUUUAAUAAAAUUUAUUGUUACUAGUUAAAAUCAAAUUUUUUUUGACCCUCGAAAUUUAGUAACAGGCUAGAUUUACUCUAUUUCUUCUUCAGACAUUGAUAUUAAUCCUCCAAUUAAAAAUAUUAGAAAUAUUUCAGAAACAUUAUGUUCUUAUUAAAUUGAUACGGUUUGUUAUAAUUAUGAGGAAAAUUAUUUUAUUUUAGAUAUUUUAAAUGAUGAAAAUCAUCGUUAAAUACAAGCAUAAGACUAAUAAAUAUUUAAAAGCUCUUCAUAUUAUAUAAUAAUCUCAUUUAUAAGUAAAGAUUAACAUUAAGUUUAAAUAUAUAAAUAAGGUUUAGGAAUUAUAUUAACAACAAAUUUAAAAUUAGAAAAUUUUUUAAAAUUUAAUUGGGUAUACAUUUUUUCUAAUUAUUUUUUGAUAUAAUUUAAGUAAUAAUUAAAUAUAUAUGUUUUUGAGUCAGAAAUAUUAAAACUUAUUGAAACCUUAAAUUUUGAUUGUUAUUAAUGUGAGAUUGUUGAAGUAUAAAAUCUUAAUAAUACAAUAAUGAUGAUUUUGUUAAUAAAUUAAAAAAUUUAUAUAAAGAUAUUAGAGAUAGUAAAUGAAAAACCAAACUUGCAUUAUUUCAAUGAUGUAGAGUAAUCAGAACUUUUGAAAUCCAUUUAAAGUAGAUCAUACAUGUUUUAUAAUUUAAUUUCAAUACAUGAUAAAUAACUUUCUUGCUAAUUAGCUGUUAUUCCAUUUGAUGAUAAUAUUUAAAUCUAUUAUGUGCUUUUAGAUCUAAGAUUUUAAUAACUAAGGAUAAGUAAAAUAGGAGCUAUUUCAUAAUUUGAAAUUAACAAUAUUUAUCAAUAUUUUUUCUUAUAAUCAGAAUUAAUGCUAUUGUGUAUAUAAAGUUAAAUACAUAAGGCAAUAAUUUUGUAUAAUUUAUCAAAUAUUUCAGCAUUUAAUUUACAACAUCCUAUAUAAAGAGUUAUUGUUGACUAAAACUCAGAAAUAUAGUUAUAUAAUUAAACUAAUUUCUAUAUUUUUUAAAAAGGUAGCAAUUAAAGUUAAUUAUUUGAACUAUCAAAAUAUUCAUUUGAAAUUAAAAAUACAUCAAAUAAACUUGUAAAUAUUUCCUUUUCAAAUAUUUAGAAUAAUUUAGAAUUAUAAAUAGAAUUAAUUUACAAAAUAUCUGAUGAUUCUGAAAAUAAUCAGUUAAUAUUUAUUUCUGAUAAAUUCACUUUUUUUUUUAUUUUCAUCUGUUUUAUAAUAUUUUUAGUUAUUUUUUAUAUAAUCAAGCAUAAGAAAAACAAAAAUUAAACUCUUUAGAAUACGAUUGAGAUUGAAUUAUGA